AUUUAACGAGUAUUAUAACGUACGAAUCGUGUCAGUAAAAAUUCACAAUAUUUGAAUUAUGAACCGAUCUUAUUAUAAUUGAAAUUGAAAACUCGGGUAUUAUUGACUCAGGGAUUAAAUUAUAAUUCGAUAUGUAGAUUUCCCGUGAAAGAUGUGUUGCGCCUUCAGUAGUGGUUAAAAGAAAUGAAGAGGAAGGACUGGAAGUCAAACCGAAAUAGCACAUUGUGUUCAGCUCAUUUUACAAAUGACUGCUUUGAUAGGACAGAAUUCCUAAUUACAUUGAAAAAGAACAGUGUACCAACUACAUUUGACAACCCAAAAUCAGAGUGUCCAUCUUGUCACCGAUUAAGGGAAUAUAGACGUGGCUAUUCAUUCUUCAAUUUCCCAUUGGAUAAACCUGAUAUUAUGAAGCAGUGGAUCGCAAAUAUAAACAUUGGACCAUGGUCUCCAUCAGGUGAUAGCUUUCUGUGUUCCGACCACUUUGAACCCUCUUGCUUUCAGAAGAAAAGUCAGAGAAAACUCAGUGUGCAUAAAGACACGUUGAUGUGAUGCACUAUUGCGUCAAUGCCGUCAAAGCGGUUAAUUGCCUACAGAUUAUAAA